ACACUCGGCUUCUCGUUUCGUCAUUCCGGUGCUCCGGUCGCCUCGCUCCCUCCCGGUGCUAACACCGUCGGGCUUGGCCGUGGGAGCGUAAUGGCGGUGCACCGGGGACCCUCUACGAAAUGGCUGUUUACCCGGGAGCAGCUGGAAAACACCCCGUCUCGACGCUGCGGGAUAGAGGCGGACAAGGAGCUCUCCUACAGGCAGCAGGCCGCUAAUCUGAUCCAGGACAUCGGCCAAAGACUCAACGUGUCUCAACUAAUAAUCAACACCGCUAUAGUUUAUAUGCAUAGGUUUUAUAUGAUCCACUCGUUCACCAAAUUCAACAGAAAUAUCAUUUCCCAGACCACGUUAUUCCUGGCAGCCAAAGUGGAGGAGCAGCCCAGGAAGCUGGAGCACGUCAUUAAAAUAGCCCAAGCCUUCAUUAACCCGCAGGACCCCGUCCCUGACACUAAAAGCAGUGCAUUCCAACUGCUGGCACAAGAGCUUGUAGCCCUGGAAACGAUAGUGCUGCAAACGCUGGGUUUUGAAAUUACAGUUGAUCAUCCUCACACAGAUGUUGUGAGGUGUUCCCAGCUAGUGCGAGCAAGCAAGGAUUUGGCACAGACUUCCUAUUUCAUGGCUACCAACAGUUUGCACCUCACCACCUUCUGCCUGCAGUAUAGGCCAACAGUGGUUGCAUGUGUCUGCAUCCACCUGGCCUGCAAGUGGUCCAACUGGGAGAUCCCGGUGUCCACAGACGGGAAACACUGGUGGGAGUACGUGGACCGCACCGUAACGCUACAGCUGCUAGAUGAGCUCACCCAUGAGUUCCUUCAGAUUCUGGAGAGGACGCCCAGCAAGCUGAAGAGGAUACGAAACUGGAGGGCUAUUCAAGCAGCAAAGAAACCAAAGACUGAAGGCUCGGCUGUGGAGAGUGCCUUCCAGGGGACGUCCUUAGAUGGCCUUCCUGGUGUAACCAACUCCUUCUUCCCCUCCACCUCCACAUCAAACUCAGAAAUGUCCAGCCUGAGCUCCAUAGCCGCCUCUUACCCCAUGUACCAGCAGCUCAGCGACCAGUUCUCCCAGCCUGCCCACUCAGACUUCACGCUAGUCAAACACAAACACAAAGCCACAGCCGGGUCCAGCAGCGACCACGAGCAGCUGGGCGCCGCUUCCUUUUCACGGCCGCAGAAAGUCUUGACUCUGGAGAAGUACAGGGUGAAGCAAGCAGGAGAGCUGGCCUUGCAGAACGGCGUUAAGGAGGAGGUCGGCGCCGACGUUUAUGCUCCUCCGGCCGUCUCCUCGCACCACCACAAGAGACGCUCCCAGCAGCCGCAGGCCGGCCAGUCGGGUGACGGCAGGCGGGAGAAGGCGAGCUCAAAGAAGCCCCGGCUCGCCUCUUCCUACGCCGAGAACGGCUCCGUCACGGGCGAGGAGUUCAAAAUGAGAAUCAAGGUUUCUUCGGAUCAGGGCGCGAGUCUGUCGGGGAAGGACAAGCACAAAGAGCACGGCGGACACCGCCACUCCAAACACAGCCACUCCCACUCAUACUCCAUCAGCGGGAACAGCAGGGUGACGGCCGACGGCUCUGCCUUCUCUGUCCGAGCUUCCGGCGGCCAUUUUAACGACAGCAGCUCCUCUGGCUCGUCCCGUAAGAGACAGCACGCCGACUCUGGCGGCCACAACAACCACCACCACCACCACUCGUCCUCCAAGAGCAGCAGGUCCUCCAAAGGAGGCGUUGGCUCGGCUCACUACCAGUCAGACGGCGGCCAGAGAGCGAUGGAGCUCCACGACGGGACGAACGGCAUGCUGCUGUCCAACGGCCAACACACUGACUACAAAAACACUUUUGACAUGCUGGACUCUUUACUAAGUGCCCAAGGAAUGAACUUGUAACUGUGAGUCCCUAGAUUUAUCUAGGAUGAGGUUUUAUAGAGUUUAAAAAGUGAAAUUUAUCCGUCUUAAGUUAUCUGCAUCACCCUCAGUCGUGUCUACACACUGAUUAUUGAUGAUUCCUAUCAAUCUAUAGAGCUGUGUAUUAAUUCCUCGCAACGCAAAAGAAAAAAAAACCAUGUGUGAGUUGUUUUAGGAAUGCAGCUGGAAAAUAAUUCCUUUAAUGUUAUUUUAAAAUGAGCUGACAGUUAUUUUAAUGUGCACGUUUUAAAAGUCACAAGAAGAGGAAAAGGAAGAAGAAAAAUGGCUGACAUUUUGCUGCCUUUGUGACAGUUUACACUUAAUUUUUUUGUUGUCCUUCAGUUUUGUUCCACAGAAAUCUCAGGUCUUAAACAUUUUUUGAUAAAAGAGAGAGCCUCCCUCGGGUGCGGUGGGGGAGAAUGGAUCAAACUUUUGUAUCUGAUCCAGAGAAAAAUGGUCUGCUGACGUUACAGAGUGCAGAACAAAUGGGAGGCCCGUUUAUUUAAAGGCCUACCAGAACCUGGUGAGCACUCAUUUCAGAGCUACAGAUGAAGCUAACUGCUGUGGAUCUGCAUCGAAAACACAGCAGCUAAAAUUAAAACAAAAAAAAUCUUGUGAUUGUUCUAGUCAAUCGCUAUUCAGUAUGAUAAAUGUUAUUAACUAUCUGAAAAUACAGAUCUCUAAAGUUGUGUAUAUAGGACUGUAGUUCAGAAGUGUUGGUUACUGCAUCAGUCCAAACAACUCCAUUGUAUUAAAAUCCAAAGCAGACUGUAUUGAUGAACAAAACCUUGACUUAUGUAUUGGGAGCCCAAAUAAAAACACCCAAAACUGACA